CUAUAAUUUGUACUUCUAUUCAUCGAAGGAUUAUUUAAUCAAAGUGUUUUUAAUGAUUAUGUUUUAAUUAAUUAGUAGGCAAUGGUACACUAAUUAAUCCUGUCAAUCAUCUAUCAACUACCACCAGUAGACCUAGUAGUAAUAAUAGUAAUAGCUCCAAUAUGACUCAACAAUUACUGUGUAAUGUAGACGACAUCCAAGAUGGAGGAAUGAAAGAAGUAGAAAUAGAUGGUAAUAAAAUAUUAUUAGUACAGGAAUGUGAACAGUAUUAUGCUGUAGGGGGAAAAUGUUCUCAUUAUGGUGCACCAUUAGCUAAUGGGUCUCUGUGUAAAGGAGUAGUAAGAUGUCCAUGGCAUGGUGCCUGUUUUGAUGUUAAGACUGGUGAUAUAGAAGAUUUCCCUGGUUUAGAUAGUUUACCAACAUAUCAGGUUGUAGUGAAGUCGGGAAAGAUAUAUCUAAAAGAUGGUGGAAAUCUAGCCAGUACUAAACGAGUAAAAUCUAUGUGUCGUCAAAAUGCUGACAAUAGGAAAACAUUUAUUCUGAUUGGAGGAGGGCCAGCAUCAGUAGUAUGUAGUGAAACAUUACGACAGGAAGGUUUUACUGGUAGAAUUGUCAUAAUUUCUAAAGAACCAACCUUACCUUAUGAUAGACCAAAACUUAGUAAGGCAAUGGACUCUAAACCUGAAGCCAUAGCUUUAAGAAAUGAAGAAUUUUAUAAGAAUUAUGAUAUAGAAAUCAAGAAAGGACAUGAGGUUGUAUCUGUAGAUGUUAAAUCUAAAACAGUCCAACUUUACGACAGAAAGAAACUGUCGUUUGAUUCUCUAUUUAUAGCUACUGGUGGGAAACCAAGAUCUUUACCUAUAAAAGGAGUAGAUUUACAGAAUGUGUUUACUUUACGAACCCCAGCAGAUGCCAAAAAAAUUUACGAAGCCGCACAAGGAAAACAUGUUGUUGUUAUAGGAUCAUCAUUUAUAGGAUUGGAAGUGGCCUCGUGUUUAGCAGGAAAAGUUAAAAGUCUCUCCGUGGUUGACAUGAUUCAAGUUCCCUUUCAAAAAAUAUUGGGUCAGAGAAUAGGACAAGUUUUCCAGAAGUUACAUGAAGAUAAGGGUGUAAAAUUCCACCUUAACGCUGGUCUAGAAGAAUUAAAAGGGAGAGAGGGUGUAUUAACUGAUGUUGUAUUAAAAGAUAAAACAAAACUAUCAGCUGAUGUCUGUAUACUAGGUGUUGGUGUUGUUCCAGGAACUGGCUUUCUAAAAGGAUCUGGUAUAGAAUUAUCUGAUAGAGGAUUUGUCUCUGUUAAUCAGAAUCUAGAAACUAAUAUAAAAGAUGUAUAUGCUGGAGGAGAUAUUGUAGAAUUUCCAUUGUUCAUUACACCAGAUAAUAGUAAAGUUAACAUACAACAUUGGCAGAUGGCUCAUCAACAUGGUCGAGUAGGGGGUAGGAAUAUGGCUGGUAUUAAAACAGAUAUUAAAAGUGUACCUUAUUUUUGGACUGUAAUGUAUGGUAAAAGUGUUAGAUAUACAGGCUAUGGUGUUGGUUUUGAUGAUGUUAUUAUACAUGGUGAUUUAGAGGCUCCUAAAUUUGCAGCAUUCUACACUAAGGGAGAUAAUGUGGUAGCUGUAGCUAGUUUAGCUUAUGAUCCUAUUGUAUCUCAGGCUGCUCAAUUAUUAACACAGGGUGAACAAAUCAAAAAAUCAGAAAUCAAAGAUGAUCCUAAUACCUGGACAAAAAGAUUAUCAAAUUAAAUGAGUUCACAUCUCUGUAAACUGCCACCAUAUUCUAUAACAAUGUAUAGUUGGCAUUUACAAAAGAAAUAUGUAUCCAGACUGCCAAAUUGUAUUAGCAUCUAUAUAUGGACAUUGUAGAGCUAGUUUGUAUUGUAAAGAUACUAUAAAAUCUUUUUCUUCAUGAACAUCAAAUUUACUUGAUAUGUUUUAAUUAGCACGUAUUCAAAAUUGACAAAUUAUCAAAAAUCAAUUAAUAAAUAGUAUCAAUAUCACUAUUCAAAAUUUACUAUUCUCAUAGUAGUAGGAGAUAGAGGCGGGCAGGGGGUGACUGAAAAAAUAUCGGUCAACAACCCGAAAACAAAGAUAAAAUUCGUGGGAAAAUUUCUGACAAACCAGCCUGCUCCAACAGGCCUUCGCCCCUAUACCUAUUCUAUACUUUAAACAAAGGAAGCACUUGCUUCUGCUCUUCGAAUAUGUGAUAAAACUUAUUCAUGAAUACAAAUAGGCAUAACACUGUCUUUUGUUAUUGCUAGCUUAUAAUUAGUGCUAGAACUUGUUAGAGCUAGGAUUCGUUAUAUUUUUGAAUGUUUGUAAGAGAAAUUGAUAAAAUAAAUGAAUGAUUCACGUGAAAAAUGUAUACUGUGAUAUUUGUUAUCUAGUGUUAGAUGAAUUAUUGAUAAUGAAUAGUAUUGUUAAUUGUUUUGAUUUAUUACAUUGUUAUCUUGAA